GGAGGCACUGCAUUAUGGAGAUAAUGCUUGGGCGUGGACCAAAUAGAUCAUUUUCAAUGGUCUCUCAAUCUCUGUAAAACAAUGUCAAUCGUGAUACGAAGAAAAAUAAUAGGCUGCAAUAACGGCUAGCCAUUUGAAAUCAUUUUUGAAUAUUCAGUCAUUCUAUACCAAAUUACCAUAGAGACGAGCAUGGAGUCGCCUUUACGGUUACCAUAGUAACCUCUAAUACCAACCAUCCUAAAAAUCCUUUCACCACACAUUCCAACCAAAACAACACCAACAAAUACCGUAUUUUCCUCAAAAACGAAAAGCAAAGAAACCAUGUCCGAAGAAUUGCAAAAAGCUGGUCUCUUCAUUGAUGACAUUUAUCGCUUGCGUGUCCAAGAUCCACGCAUUGCCAAUGAAACGAAUGAACUGCGUGAAGAAUGCCUCGAAUAUGCCAAUAAAUUGGAUGAAUUCAAAAAAUUAGCUGUGGAAUUUGAUAAAAUUCUCAAAAACUAUGCCAAAGAUGUGGAGAAGGAGAAGCUACGUGCCAUCGGCACACAGAAUCGUUUGAAGACAAUGGCCAAGCAGAGGCAGGCGGAACAGCAAUUGUAUCAGAGUAAAAUCCAUGAGAAAAACUUAGAAUUGGAGCGAUUGAAGAGUGAAUACCAAUAUCUGCAGCGAGUCGAAUCGGAGCAACAGGAGUUAAUAAAUAAUUAUUUAAUGAAUCAAUAAAAAACCAAAGGAAAUAUUUUGAAACUAUUUA